UGUUACGAGCAGCAGUCACAUCCACAUCACAUGCAAAGUAAAUAGUCGGAAUUUAAACACGCAUCGUCCCCGCCUCGCCGGAUCCGCGGAUCUUCGCCCUAGUGCCGCCAAGUCUCGACAACCUGCACACUACCAUCGGCAUUUAUGUACGACACUUCUCGAAGCCCACCCUGCAACAUUUCCCACCAGUACAUACUCUACAUAUCCCGCAACAAACCGCCUUGUGAAUCGCUCCUAGUCACCCACCACUUCAGAACCCCCACCAUGAACCGCAAUCUCGACAUCCUGUGGGAAAUCAUCCUCUCGCUGAUCAAUCAACCUUCGCCGCGCAGUCUCUACUGUUUCCUCGCCGCCAAUCCAGACGCAUUCUCCAUCUUCGGGGUUCACGGCACCUACCCGCUGACCCGUCGCGUCACCUCGCUGGAGCACGACCUGAUCUCCCGUCUCGAGCGCGCCGUCUCCGAUUCCACAGUGAAGGCGAAUGCCGCUGAUGCGGCCGUUGUCGCCGCGCAGGCCGCCGUAGCCAGUGCGGGCGCGCACGAAGUGCAGGAGGUCACUGCCACGGUGAUGGCCGCAAUGGAUCAGGAAGCGGCCGCGAGGAAGACUACGAAGGACGUGAGAGAUGCCGUGAUUGCGGUGAAACCGAUCGUUCUGAAAAGCUCGAACUCCAAGAUGAUGGUGCUCGAUGAGAACAACCCCGUGCUCGAUAAGGAUCUGAGGGACACCGUUCAGACUUUGGUGCAUUGGCGGGGAUUCCGUUUCCGACUGUUUGAGGCGGCGGCGAAGGUCCCGAUUGUGAAGCCCCGCUUAACAGCCCCAAGCUCCAUCAUGAAAGCUACCAAAAAGAUUGUUGCCGACAUACGUCGCCGUGGACCCGAUGAGUUUGGUAACAUGUGGAGGAGGAGGUUUUUUGGGCUCGGAGAAGCAGGAGUGAGGAGAAGUGCGCGGGUGAGGCGGCUGAAGGAGAAGAAGCUUCUGGCUGGGAAAUGAAUGGUGCAAAUGAUGUGUUCUCUCGAGGUGUUGCGGUGUCACACGGUUCUGUGAUGCAUAUAUUUCGGUGUUUCGAUGGACUCGUGUGUCCUUCGUUUUGCUUCCUUGUGUUUCGGGAUCCAAUAACAUCUUAUUAUGGACUUCUUUUCUGUGUAUAGUACCUUGGAGCUUGAAUGCUUAAUAAGUUCCCAUCUGUCCUACAUCUGCGUAUUUCGGACACGAUGGC